AUGGCUUCUGGCUUCAUUACCCGUGGCCUGUGGGUGGAUAAGAGGGGGACGAUUGUAGUAACUCAGAAAUUUGGCACCAAAGAGGCACAGCAAGCCAGAGGUGCCAGUGACUUUGACAAGGUCAAGCGGGCAGCUGGAAUGGGAACCCAGUCUCUCGGUCCCAAGGGCUGGUCCUUUCCUGUCAAGUCGCUCAUAUCCUACCCCCAGGCCCCUGCAGUCUACGCUCAGAACAGCAGCACCCCCAGUCUCCCAUGUAAGGCCAGCGCGGCCGAGCUGAAGGUCUUCAAGUCCGGCAGCGUGGACAGCCGGGUCCCCGGUGGGCCGCCCGCCUCCAACCUGCGCAAACAGAAGUCGCUUACGAACCUCUCGUUCCUCACGGACUCCGAGAAAAAGCUGCAGCUCUAUGAGCCCGAGUGGAGCGAUGAUAUGGCCAAGGCCCCCAAGGGUUUGGGCAAGAUGGGGUCCAAGGGCCGCGAGGCCCCGCUGAUGUCCAAGACGCUAUCCAAGUCUGAGCACUCGCUCUUCCAGGCCAAGGGCAGCCCGGCGGGCGGCGCCAAGACCCCCCUGGCCCCUCUAGCUCCCAGCCCGGGAAAACCCAGCCGGAUCCCGCGCGGACCCUACGCGGAGGUCAAGCCGCUCAGCAAGGCGCCGGAGGCGGCGGUGAGCGACGACGGCAAGUCGGACGACGAGCUGCUCUCCAGCAAGGCCAAGGCGCAGAAAGGCUCCGGGCCGGUUCCCCCCGCCAAGGGCCAAGAGGAACGGGCCUUCCUCAAGGUGGACCCCGAGCUCGUGGUGACCGUGCUAGGCGACCUGGAGCAGCUGCUCUUCAGCCAGAUGCUGGACCCAGAGUCCCAGAGAAAGAGGACGGUGCAGAACGUCCUGGACCUGCGACAGAACCUGGAAGAGACCAUGUCCAGCCUGAGAGGCUCCCAGGUGACUCACAGCUCCCUGGAGAUGACCUGCUAUGACAGUGACGACGCCAACCCCCGCAGCGUGUCCAGCCUCUCCAACCGCUCAUCCCCCCUCUCUUGGCGCUAUGGCCAGUCCAGUCCGAGGCUGCAGGCCGGGGACGCGCCCCCGGGGGGGGGGGGCCGCCCUUUUUUGGAGAUGACCUGCUAUGACAUCCAGUCCGAGGCUGCAGGCCGGUGA